GAGAGUUAUUUAAAGAAAUAUUAUUUUUGAACGUAAAGUGGGCAAUUGUGGUAAAUUCAAUUAUCUCAGAGGAAGAGACAAUAAAAGGAGAAAGAGGACGGGCAUUUAAAUACUAAUUGGAGAGAUCACGAUAAAGAACGUCGGAGAAGUCAUAAACGAGAAAAUUUAACGCAGCUCGUUAUACAGAAACAAGCAUUAAAUUAACUGUCUGGCAACACGAAAUUAUAGUCAUGAACAAUAUGGGACCUAUAAUCAGGAUGUCAUCCUCUGGUACACACGGCGCGGGUGGUGUCGGUUGCUGCUGUUUCAGAUGCUGCACGUGCAUACACGUGGAUUUCUUUAAAUCAUUGCCAGGAAUUAUAAAAAUGUGCGAAACAGUGAUCAGUGGAUUAAUUCAGAGUUUGCUCAUUAAUUACGGCUUGAGGUAUAGUUCAUCUAUUGGCUCGGCUUUCGAGGGAUCAUUGACCACGGCAUCCGCCUGCUUCCUGACUUCCGCUCUGUUACUCGCUUGCUAUACAAUUUCUGAAAAAUCUUACAAGUUAAUUCGAUCAUCCCUUUUCGAGAUGAUGUUCAAUUCUUUAGCCUGCUUCCUGUAUUUAAGCUCAGCAUCUUACUUGGCUUUUGCCACUAAAUUAUUUCUGAUGACCGAGUAUUAUCUGAGACCCGGCUUCGACGUUUAUCCUGCCAUGACAGCCGCUUAUAUUUUAAGCGGCGUCGUGGGAGUAUUGCACGGAGCAGAUGCUUAUUUAUCCUUUGUGCAUUACAAAACAGGAAGAUGAAUUACCAUAAUCACGGGAUUAUCAGCUGUAUAAUUCUGUGACAAGAUGUGGCAAUUAUAUAAAUGCUUACACACAUGACAACGUUAAACGAUAUUCUAGAGAACGGAUUUUCUCGAAAAAGAAUUUAAUGUUAAA